GCGUCCGGCGCGACGAUGGCGGCCUUAGGGCCCGGAGGCUACGCGCGGAACGAUGCAGUCGAGAAGCUGCCAUCCGUCCUGGCGGGAGUUCCGGCGCGGAAGGGCCAGUCCUCUCCGCCCCCGGCCCCAGCGCUCUGCCUCCGGCGGCGGACGCGACUGUCGGCGGCGCCCGAGGACACCGUGCAAAACCGGGUGUCUCUUGAGAAGGUCCUUGGCAUCACAGCCCAGAACAGCAGUGGCCUCACCUGUGACCCUGGCACAGGCCACGUGGCCUACCUAGCAGGCUGUGUGGUGGUGAUUUUGAACCCUAAGGAGAACAAGCAGCAGCACAUCUUGAACACCGCCAGGAAGUCCCUGAGCGCUCUGGCCUUCUCUCCUGAUGGGAAGUACAUAGUGACAGGAGAGAAUGGGCACAGGCCAGCGGUGCGCAUCUGGGACGUGGAGGAGAAAAGUCAGGUGGCGGAGAUGCUGGGCCACAAGUAUGGCGUGGCCUGUGUGGCCUUCUCACCCAAUAUGAAGCACAUCGUGUCCAUGGGAUACCAACACGACAUGGUGCUCAACGUCUGGGACUGGAAGAAAGACAUUGUGGUGGCCUCCAACAAGGUGUCGUGCAGGGUCAUCGCCCUGUCCUUCUCCGAAGAUAGCAGCUAUUUUGUCACUGUUGGGAACCGGCAUGUGAGGUUCUGGUUCUUGGACGUCUCCACUGAAACAAAGGUGACGGGCACCGUGCCCCUUGUAGGGCGCUCGGGCAUCCUGGGCGAACUUCACAACAACAUCUUCUGUGGCGUGGCGUGUGGCCGGGGCCAGGUGGCAGGCAGUACCUUCUGUGUGUCCUACUCGGGCCUGCUCUGCCAGUUCAAUGAGAAGAGGGUGCUGGAGAAGUGGAUCAACCUGAAGGUCUCCCUGUCCUCCUGCCUCUGUGUCAGCCAGGAGCUCAUCUUCUGUGGCUGCACAGAUGGGGUUGUCCGCAUCUUCCAGGCCCACAGUCUGCAUUACCUCGCCAACCUGCCGAAGCCACACUACCUUGGGGUAGAUGUGGCACUGGGCCUGGAGCCUAGCUUCCUCUUCCGCAGGAAGGCAGAAGCCGUCUAUCCAGAUACAGUGGCCCUGACGUUUGAUCCCGUGCACCAGUGGCUGUCCUGCAUUUAUAAGGACCACAGCAUCUAUGUCUGGGAUGUCAAGGACAUCAACAAAGUGGGCAAGUUGUGGUCAGAGCUCUUCCAUAGCUCCUACGUUUGGAAUGUGGAGGUGUAUCCUGAGUUUGAAGAUCAGAGAGCCUGUUUGCCAUCAGGAUCUUUUCUGACUUGUUCCUCAGACAACACCAUCCGCUUCUGGAACAUGGAUAACAGCCGUGACUCUCACUGGCAGAAAAACAUCUUCAGCAAUACCCUUCUGAAGGUAGUGUACGUGGAGAACGACAUCCAGCACCUGCAGGACAUGUCACACUUCCCAGACCGGGGCAGCGAGAGCGGGACGCCCGUGGACGCGAAAGCCGGGGUGCGCGUCAUGCAGGUCAGUCCUGAUGGCCAGCACUUGGCUUCAGGCGACCGCAGUGGAAAUCUGAGGAUCCACGAGCUGCACUUCAUGGAUGAGCUGGUGAAGGUGGAGGCCCAUGAUGCUGAGGUGCUGUGCCUAGAGUACUCCAAGCCUGAGACAGGGUUGCCCUUGCUGGCCUCGGCCAGUCGGGACCGCCUGAUCCACGUGCUGAACGUGGAGAAGAACUACAACCUGGAGCAGACCCUGGACGACCACUCCUCCUCCAUCACGGCCAUUAAGUUUGCUGGCCACAGAGACAUCCAGAUGAUCAGCUGUGGGGCCGACAAGAGCAUCUACUUCCGCAGUGCCCAGCAGGCCUCAGAUGGGCUCCACUUCGUCCGUACCCACCACGUGGCAGAGAAAACCACCUUGUAUGACAUGGACAUUGACAUCACUCAGAAGUACGUGGCCGUGGCCUGCCAGGACCGCAACGUGAGGGUCUAUAACACCGUGAACGGGAAGCAGAAGAAGUGCUACAAGGGCUCCCAGGGUGAUGAAGGAUCCCUGCUGAAGGUCCAUGUGGACCCCUCGGGCACCUUCCUGGCCACAAGCUGCUCUGACAAAAGCAUCUCAGUGAUCGACUUUUACUCGGGCGAGUGUGUUGCCAAGAUGUUCGGUCACUCAGAAAUCGUCACUGGCAUGAAGUUCACCUACGAUUGUCGUCACUUGAUCACAGUGUCCGGAGACAGCUGUGUGUUCAUCUGGCACCUGGGCCCCGAGAUCACCAACUGCAUGAAGCAGCACUUGUUGGAGAUGGACCACCAGGAGCAGCAGCAGCACGCCAAGGACAGGCACUGGAGCAGCGACCCCAGGCAGGAGACAUACGCGACCACACCCAGUGCCCCUCGCUCGCUGAGUCCUGGAGAGCAGACGGAGGAGGAGCUGGAGGAGGAGUGUGAGCCAGAAGAGCUGCUGACGACACCGUCCAAGGAGCGCCUGGAUCCAGAUCCUCGCUGCCUGCUGACGAACGGCAAGCUGCCACUUUGGGCAAAGCGGCUGCUAGGAGAUGACGACGUGCCGGACGGCUCGGCCUUCCACCCCAAGCGCAGCUACCAGCCCCACGGCCGCUGGGCGGAACGGGCUGGCCCGGAGCCCCUCAAGACGAUCCUGGAUGCACGGGAGCUGGAUUGCUACUUUACCCCCAUGAAGGCUGAGAGCCUGGACGACUCCAUUCUGGACACGGUGGAGCCACAGAACCUGGCAGGUCUGCUGAGCGAGUCAGAGAGCCCCCGCGAGGACGGCUGUGGGCAGCGCCCCUUCCUGCCACCGCAGAGGGAGCCAGCGGAGGCCAGCGAGCUCUUCAUCUACUCCCUGGAGGCAGAGGUGCCAGUCCCGGGGACAGACAGUGAGUCCUGCGAGAAGGAGGCCGAGGCAGGGCCUGGAGACCAGCUCGCUGACUCCUACCUCAGGGUCUCCUCCAUCAGCUCGAAGGAUCAGAGCCCACCCGAGGACUCGGGGGAGUCAGACAGCGACGUGGAGUGCGGCCAGGCCUCCCCUCCUCGGCCCGAGCCGGGGCCUUGCUGUGCCGGAACGAUGCCCCACUCACGAGCCUCUCUUCCCGCCUCGUCCUCCUCCGUCGCUCUCCCAGGCUGCCCAGGCCCCUCGGAGGAAGAGCUGCCCCGGCCCGAGGGGCCCGGCGUGCCCAGCAGCUCCCUGCCCCAGACCCCUGAGCAGGAGAAGUUCCUGCGCCACCACUUCGAGACCCUCACUGACGCCCAUCCUGAAGAGCUCUUCCGCGGCUCCCUGGGGGACGCAAACGUCCCUGAGGCCGAGGACUUCUUCCUCAACCCCCGGCUGAGCAUCUCGGCCCAGUUCCUCUCACGCCUCCAGAAGCCACCCAGGCUGGCCCAGGCCUUCCCUGCCCUGCUGCCCCGCCACCUGGCGAAGUCUCCUGAGGUGAAGCCCACGGACAGCAGGGGGAGCCAGCCCGGAGCCGAGCCCCUGCGAGCAGGUGCUGGCUACGCCUCCCCGGAGGGGAGCACGGUCCACUGUGGGGAGAAGGCUGCGGAGACCUCAGAGGCCUGGUGCCCACGGACCUCCUGCCUCACCUGCCCGGCACCCCGUGUCCCUUCCUCCCCAGUGCCUCCCGCAGACAGGAAGCCGCCGACACCCACAUCCGUACCUCCCCCCGGCCUGGCUCCGGGUGUCCAUACCCCCUCCACCUGCUCCUACAUGGAGGCCACUGCCAGCUUCCGUGCCAAGAUGUCACGCAGCAGCUCCCUGGAGGACGGUGAAGGCUCUGUCGUGGCUGAGCUGGCCAGGCCCCUCAGAAGGCCCUCAUCUGUGGGGGAGCUGGCCUCCCUGGGCCAGGAGCUCCACCCCACCACCGCCACAGCGACACCCAAUUCUGGCAGUGAGAGCCAGGGGCCCACCCUCCCCUCCCGGGGCAACCACGAGGCCCGGGCCAACCUGAGACUGACCCUGCCAAGUGUCUGUGACAGGCUCCUGUUGUCCCCACCCCCUCUGGAGUCACCCACAUGUGUCUGGUCCCAGGAGCCCACGGAAGCCCAGCCCUGUGUCACGGUCCCAGCACCCAGUUUCCCAGCCCCCAGCUCCAUGGAUAAUAACAUCCCAAGGCCCCACCACUCUGCCUUUCUCACAAGGCUCCCAGCCCCUGAGCCCCUCAACUCUCCUGCCCACCCCAACAGCCCCCAGUUUCCAGAGGCCAGGCCUGGAGUCCCUAGUUGCACUGCUUCCUUCCUGGAGCCCACCCCUGGUGCACUCAGCCUGAUCCGCGGCAGCCCUGGCCACUGGGGGGAGCUGGGGCUGCCGGCUGAAGUCCCGCCCCCAGUGCCCCUGGAGCUCAGCAGCGUGGGGAGUGUUGUGCGUAGGCUGCAGACUGCCUUCCAAGAAGCCCUGGGCCUUUACCACACGUUGGUCUCCAGCAACCAGAUGGGGGCCGAGCAGCAGCAGGCACAGACCGAGCUGGCGUCCACCUUCCUUUGGAUCCACAGCCAACUGGAGGCCACCGACUGGCUAGUUGGGACCGACGUGAGCCCCGCCCAGGCCCUGCCCAGCCCAGCGCCCCCCUCCCCACCCCCGCUGUGCCCCCUGGCCAGCCCAGACUUGCACGCCCUGCUGGAACACUACUCGGAACUGCUGGUACAGGCUGUGCGGAGGAAGGCGCGGGGGGACUGAGGGCCGGCAGCACCCCCUCCCCCACACCUCUGCCGUGUUUGAAGAAAUAGGUAUUUUAAGAAUUAAACUGACAGGCUUGGAGCAGUAGUUUGUAGUGCCUACCCUGGCCCAUCCACAAAUGUAGAGAGCUGUGUUCAGGAUCCCCAGCCCAGGAGACCCACGUUUGCCCCAGGGCCUGGCCUCCCACCUCACCCAGCCCCAACCCAUGGGGCUGCUGCUGGAGGGGUAGGUGAUCGUGUGUGGUCUGUCCCCCAAGGAGGGGCCAGCCCAUCUUGCUUGGAACCCACGGGAGCCCCUGCGGUCACCUGCAUGCACCCAGCCUGGCCCCCAGCACAUGGAUCACCCCAUCAGUGGCUCAGGCCCCUGGGCCAGGCUCUCGUCCACUGGACAGUCCGGCUGGAGGCCCAGGCCAUCCCGCAGCUGGGACCAGUAACUCUGACCUCAGCAGGAAGGCUGCGUCCAGCCUCAUCCCGUGAACUCCCAGCACUGGCGCCAGCUCCCCUAGGCAGCAGGCGUCCUGCCACAUGGUGUGUCUGCUGAGAAAGUGGGUUUGUGACCAAGUCCCUACACAAGGGACGCCGACAGGGGCAGGUGCUCCCCCCCCCCCAGCUUGCUGUGUGAUCUGUGAGCUCCGCUCUUAUCUGUUCGGUGGCCCAGCUGUGUCCCGGCCCAGAGCUGAGACACCUGUUGGCCUGGGGGCACAGCUGGGCCUUGUGUCAUGAUGACAUGAACACAUCAGGGCCAAUCAUGCAGUUGCUCAGAACUACCGGCCCCCAGGGGGCUGUCACUUCUACCCCUUAGGGGCCAAAGUGUACCCUCAUGGCACCUUCUAGAGAGCAGCCUCACCUGGGAAUUAGAGCCCUGUAGGUGUAGGCAGGCCAGGGAGAUUCACUGUGCUGGUCAGGAGGCGGAGGGGACCCUGCCAGUGACACUGGAGCUGAGGGUUGACAGGACGUCUUGGGAAUAUGUCCAGGCAGACAGGACAGCCAGUGCAAAGGCCCUGUGGAGGGGUCAAACUUGACGUGUGGAAAGAAGAGCAAAGCCAGCCUGGAGGGAGUGAGGGGAGUCAUGGGGUCCCACUGGGCACGGCCCUGUUUAUUGGCAUUUAAACCCAAGGGAUAUCCACAAGUUUUCCCAAAUGAAAUUCUGUUCUUGGUCUUUGGGGAACUGUGCAAUAUUACUUAUUUCUCAAGUCUCCCUCUCGUGGCCCCAGGGAAGCCCAGGUGGCGUAGAAUUUGCAGGCAGGCUCCCUGCAGGCCCACAGACCCCUCCCACAAGGCUGGAGAGCGCCUGCCUAGUGGGCACCCAGGAGAACCCCUUGAACCUCUGUCCCUCAGGGAAUUAUCCCCCCCCCCAUAGUCAAGCCUUCAGCUCUGAGUAGCAAAGGCCUGCCUCCAGGAGGCCCAAGCUGCAGGGACGAUUGUGCCUCUUAGUUUACAGCCUCACAAUUACAACAUGGCUGCUGUGGCACCCAGCAGCGCAACCUCACCCAACUAGGAGCAAAGGCAUGAAGCAGGGCACCCACCAUGGUGGUGGGAAAAGUCUUCCCAGAGGCCUUGGCGCUUUGCCGUGGGACCCUCUGCUGCCCAGGGCGUGUUUCUGCUGCCCAGGGCUGGGUUCUGGAGCAGAAGGGAGCAGGGCUGGUAGCCAGGAUGCAGCGAGUGUGGUGCUGCCCUCCUCAAAGCCAAGCUCCUCAGCCCUGAGCGUGCUCAGACCCCUGGGAGUCAGCACUGCGGGGGUUGGAGAGCGUGCUUGCCACCUGGGCCCCGCAGAGCGCCAGCAGGGAGAUGAGCGUGCCUGUGUUCCAGGGAGAAGCUUGCAAAGCAGUGGGCAGGACUAGGGAAUCACCAGGCCGGUACAGUCCCUGCUGACUUCCCCGGGACUGGUACCAGAGCUGGGCUCUUAACCACCCUGGGCCACAGGUGCAAAGCGAAAACCAGAAAGGCAGGGCCCUGAGAGAGGAGCUUUGGCUCUGGCAGCCCCACUAGGGGGAGCUGGGGACUCAACACCCUGAGCUUGUUACUGCCCUGUCGUCCAACUCCUACCAGAAGCCAGAGGGUACCAGAGCCCUGGUCACACAGCCCACCAGGUCCAGGCCCUGGAGUAGGGCAGGACAGAACAGGCGUCUGGGGGCAAAUGACACCCAGCACCAGUGACCCCCAGAGACGUGCUGGUGGGCAUGGGGACGGGACACCUGAGGACACAGUCUCCCAGCAUGCUGGCCAGGCUCUCCCUUCACACCAGCAUCUGCCAGGACAGCUCCGGGGUGCAGGGCCCCCAUUUGACCCCCAGUUACGGAUGGGCCCGCUGAGGCCAGGGCGCUGCCUAGCCGUCCUCUGGCUGCAUGGAGGCCGCGGCCUUCUCACGUGGACUUUGAGUACAAACCAGUGAGUGGGAAGUGUCUCAGCCUGUUCUGUAUCAGCACUGCGUCCCUUAGCUUCCUGGCUCGGGUCAGCGGCACUGAUUCUCAGGGAACGGAGGGAAGCGAAGAAAUGCUCCCUCUCUCACCGCCAAGACUCUGUUCCCUCCACCUGAAUACCCUCCCCUUUGACCUAAACUCAUGUCUUCUUGCUUCAAGAUUGAAAGGCAGGGGCUGGCGCUGUGGCAUAGGGCGUAAAGCUGCUGCCUGCAGUGCCAGCAUCCCAUAUGGGCACCAGUUCGAGUCCCGGCUGCUCCUCUUCUGAUCCAGCUCUCUGCUGUGGCCUGAGAAAGCAGUAGAAGAUGGCCCAAGUCCUUGCGCCCCUGUGCCUUCACGGGAGACCCAGAAGAAGCUCCUGGCUUUGAAUUGGGACAGCUCCAGCUGUUGCAGCCAUCUGGGGAAUGAACCAGCGGAUGAAAGACCUCUCUCUCUCUGCCUCUUUUGCUCUGUAACUGUCAAAUAAAUAAAAUAAAUCUUAAAAAAAAAAAAAAUUUGAAAGGCAGAGUUAACAAAGAGAGAACGCUUCCAUCUGCCGUCUCACUUCCCAAAUGGCUGCAAUGGCUGGGCCUGGGCCAGGCUGAAGCCAGGAGCCAGGAAGUCCAUCUGGGUCUCCCACGUGGGUGGCAGGGUCCCAAGCACUAGGGCCAUCUCGCGCUGCUUUCCCAGACGCAUUAGCAGGGAGUUGGAUUGGAAAUAGAACAGCUUGGGCUCUAACUGGUGCUCAUGGGAUGCUGGUGUCACGGGUGGGGGCCUUACCCGCUGUGCCACAAUGCCAGCCCCUUCCCGUUCACUGUUGAUCAUUCUGGGUUGCCAUUGUCUUUCCUUUGGACUUGGGUAUUCAUUUUCAGUGCUGAGUUAAGCCUGGCCUGUAGUUGGAGCUUAGAAUAUUGCUGGGUAUGGGGCCUGUGCUGUGGCAUAGUAGGUUAAGUCUCCACCUGCGGCGCCAGCGUCCCAUAUGGGCGUCGGUUCAAGUCCCAGCUGCUCUUCUUAUGAUCCAGCUCUCUGCUGUGGCCUGGGAAAGCAGAGGAAGAUGGCCCAAGUGCCUGGACCCCUGCACCCACAUGGGAGACCUGGAAAAAGAUCCUGGCUCCUGGCUUCGAAUUGAUCCAGUUCUGGCCAUUGUGGCCAUUGUGGCCAUUUGGGGAGUGAACCAGCAGAUGGAAGACUUCUUUUUCUCUGCCUCUGCCUCUCUGUAACUCUUUGAAAUAAAUAAAAAUCUUAAAAAGAAAACAUUGUUGGGUAAAGAAAUGAGAUAAAAUAACUACCUGGGAGUGUUCCAGAUCCGUAACCCUAGUUAAGAGAUAAUGACCAAUCUAGAAAACCUGGCCAGAGCGCUGGGGUAGGAUCGCAGGAGCCCUGGCAGUCAGGAGACCGACUUCCUUUACUUUCCAGACUAUGGGAGAUGGGAAGAGUGGUGUCCCAGGAGUCACUAAGGGUCAGGCUAUUAACCUAAUUUUAA